GUAUGCACUAACAUCCACCUAGAAAAUGGAAGACGAAGAGCUGACAGCUGAGUUGCAAGCUCAGCUGGAUGAAAUACAUGCACUGCAUUACAUCUUCUUCCCAGCUACAGUGCUACAACGAGGAAGGAUACCGCAGCAUAUGCUGGCCGAUGAUAUCUUCCCCGUUGAAGAAUAUGCAUCACUGCUAUCGCAACUAACAGUUCGUACUAGUAUCGAGCUUAACACACACUCCAGUGAUUGUCUUGAUGCAGCAAAUCUGGUAAAAGUGGGCUUUCGAGUGUCGCCAUACCACGGUGAUUACUCGCGAAACCUGGAAAUGCCACAGAGCUUCAUAGAAGUUACAUUCCCACCGGAAUACCCCCAAAACCCACCAGGAUUGUCUAUAGUAAUGAACAUGGCACUGUCACAGACCACAGUACAGGAAGUAGUGCAGCGUAUACAAAAUGUUAUCAGCAAUACUGAUGACGGAGCAUGCGUAUUCAAUGCCACAAUGUGCCUUAACGAAAUGCUAGGCGAUGUACACGCAAAACUGUACAAGCUGUGGGAUGAUACAGGUACCGCACUGGCAAUUACAUUCAGCGAAUCCAUGCGUGAACAAGUGACGGAUAGUGAACGGAAACCAGGAUAUGGAAAUAUAGAUAAAUAUACAAAGUCAGGAUUUGAAUCGCCAAUGUACAGUGGUAGACCCGUAUAUAGCGGGCAACAAAGCGAGAAAACACAAUCAGGGAGUAUGGAUAUGAAUAUUACACCAACAGGGAUUAGAUCAUUUAAUGAUACCACCAUGGUAGAACGAGAAAUGUACUCAUCAAGCGUUGAUAUAGCCGGAUGGUCACUACAGUCACUGAUACAAGCACCGCUGUGGUAUGAAGGUGGACUCAAAAUGAAUGAAGAUAACACAAAAGAUAAUACAGCAUAUAACCUAAGAAGACAGAGGAGCUAUAUAUCCAGUGAAGAGCAAUUGUGGAAGCCAUACGGAAGAACUGAGACACCAGGCAACUUGAUAUCGCAACGGACAUGGUCAUACGAUGAAACACCAGAAUUUCAAAAUGCUAGCAUCGAUCAUAGUUCGGCACAUACCCGCCUUGAUAUUGAUUCCAGCAAUAAGCCAGAACACAACGCAGAAUGCCAACUAGAUCCUGAAACUAGCAUGGCAAUAACAAGGACCAUCACAAUGCUAAGCGCAAUGACAAUGUCAAGCAACAUCGAAAGAUACAGACAAGAUUUUGCAGACGCUAUCACAAUGACACAAACACCAUUCUCAAAGUUCCUAAAAGCAAGGCAUGCACUAGACCAGAAUAUGUAUAUACUGAGAACAUAUGAACUACCCAGCUUCUGUGUCCUUAAAACACAGCGAGAUAUAUCCACACCAAAAGAAGAAAGUGAACAUUUUAAAAUGAGGAGAAAUGUAAUAGUACAACAACUAGUGGCAACAGUAGCGUCACUAGCACGUUUACAACAUAAUAGCCUGGGAAGAUACUACCACUGCUGGGUAGAAAAGGUACAACAACAUGAAAAGGUAAAAGUGCUGAUGCAAAGAGCAGAGGCUUUGACCACAGGAACAGCAAAUGUAGUAACAACGGAACCCGCAGAACAUGAAGCCUUAGAGCUAUGGAUGCACGACAUGCUGCUGAAAGGUAAUAACCUAGACGAUCCAGGAUACAUAGAAUUCCUACUUGAUGAAGCUGUAAUCAGACGCAGGUUGUAUAUACAAAUGGAACAUUGCGAUGGGAAAACAUUAAAUCGAGUGAUACAAACAGAUGGACUCUACAAAAAUCCACAAUUAAUAUGGACAUUCACACGACACCUACUUGAUGUACUCGCAUAUCUACACAGUAACAACGCAUACCACCAAGCACUGUCACUAAAAAAUGUAAUCGUAUAUUCAAAUGCACAAGGAGCUGGAGUCAAAGUAUGCGAGUUCGGAGUAGCACGACUACUCAGACAGUUCUGCCAUAAGGACUUCUUCUGCCUCCAUAACAAGUGUAAAUGUAGGGAUUACAGUAAACAACUGAGUCGAGAACUGUUUGCAUACCACCCGUUGGCGUUCGGUGUAGAGCCUAUAGACUACGAAGAAAUGGAGAAUUGCUCAGAUGUUGAGGCACAACAGGAAGAUAUGUUCGCACUAGGAGUGCUGCUAUUCAGAAUGUGGCACCCGCCACUAGAGGAAAAACAAUUCAAAGAAAUGUUCACUACAGUUAUUAAUACACAAAAAUUCCCACCAUACUUCUCACAUUCGACACCAAACAUUAUACUGAAAACGAUACUGAGGCUAGUUAGCCCAGGACGCAAACCAACAGCAGUUGAACUACUAAGCGAAACAUUGGUGCCACCAGUAAUGAACAGUGACCUGUACAACCAAUACCUAAGAAGACUACAAAACCCAAGCUCAGAAGAAGCAGUGGGUGCACUCAAGUUCAUGUUGAAAAGAGGUUGGAAGGCAGAUGUUACAAGACUUAGAGCGGAUGUACCCAUCAAGGAAAUUGUUGUCAUGGCAGCAGUAAUAGAAGGACUUGAAACAUUCAUGAGAAAAAGAUCAGUAAUCGUGGAGUCACCACAAGUACUAUACCCAGUCACACAAAACACAGAACGUAACGGUAUAGUCACAGUAUUAGAUGAAACGAAUACCCUGCUGAAACUACCAAAUAACAUUAUCAAGGCAGUUGAAGAAAACUUGAAGUAUAUCACCAACAAUGAAUACAGAUUAUACUACAGAUGCUUCAAUGUAACGCAAAUAUACACUAAACAUGGGACUAAAAUAGCAGCAAUGUAUAGUUGCGUGCUACCACCAAGUAAACAACAAAUGACAUAUACACAACUGGGAAUUAAAAGAACAAAAGGAGCGAUGCCUGUACCAGAAGCGAAACAACGCCAAAUAGGUAUAGAAUGCGAUGUUAUCAACACCGCUAUGGAGUCAUUGAAGUCAUUGCCAUUGGGGGAAAACAUAACCAUGGUAAUACAACUACCACCACUAGUGGUAGUGUUCAUCGCAUUGGCAUUCAGUACCGAUAUAGAAAAGGCACAUCACAUAUACACUAACCUGGCAAUCAUGGACGUUAACCAAUUUACACUCUCGAAACUACUGAACGACCUAAAUGUAUGCAAUGACACAGUUGAUGAAAAACUAGUUGCUACCAUGGCAGAUAUACUAAGACGCAGACAAACAUUACCAGAAGCACUACUCCAAAUGCAAGCGAUAGUGACAUCAACCACAAGAAGCUUCGAUACCCACUUGGCAGACAUGUUCAAAAAAGUAGAAGCACAAUUAACCAUAUUCUUCCCUGAUAACUUAUGCGCAUGCAACUACAGAGUCUGCAACCGUAAGGAUCAAACAAACGAUAACACAGAUAUGUUGGCAACCAGUAUAUACCUAAACCAAGAACAGUACCUCACAGGAAUGCUACAUCUCCUGGGAAUAGCCAUCAUGAUAAAGGAUAUGCAACCUGAAAACAAAAUAUAUAUGGAUUUUAUAACAGAAUCACAAGUAGCCUCGCUUUGCGAAGGAUCUAUAGAUUACCCAAUGUUCGCUGGAUACAUAGAGCAACCAACAAAAAAAAUAGUAGUUAUUGGAGGUACUGUCAUCAAUGAUGAUGGACAGCAACACUGCUACGCAGAGUAUAUUCUAGAAACAUUAUGCAAUGCCGUUAGACCAAGACCAUAUGAUGUGGAUUCCAAUGAUAACAAGGGAAUCCAAGUGGUAGAUGUGGUCAUCACUUCAUGUAGCGUCAAACUAUUGCCAGCAGCCAUGGCACUGGCAAACAGAUUGAUAGACACAGGACUCAGCUGCGAUUGCAGAGCACUUCCGCUUAUACAUACAGACCAUUUCAACGAUAGAAUCAAAAGAGCGGGGAGCGUAAAAAUGAGAGUACAUCUACAGUCAAGUGGUACCACGACGCCAAAUGUGACUGUAAAUGACCAAGGAACAAUAUCAAACAACGAAAUGGUUACAUCAGAUUCGUGGCAUGAUGAUAGAGAAUGGGACGAUACAGGAGAUUUGCAACCAAUGGAUACAUGGCAAUCAAAACUUGAUGUAACAAAUAAAAAGAAUAAAGGAAAUAUACCAAACGCAGAUUAUGAACUAAUUAACGAUACAAAAAAACAAACCAGCGGAACAAUUGAAUAUGAAGAUGAUAAGAUGUUUACAGGAAUAUCGUUCCAAGUGGAACCGCUAAAGGAUAAAUAUGGACAUACCAGGAAGAUAGACAGCCUACCAACACUAGUGAGAUAUUUAAAGUCGCUGUUAUCACGAGAUAAUAAAACAACUAACGAAUAAAACGCAAAGCUACUUUAAUGUAGUUACAAC